AUGGUGACAAAUGGAACCACAUACGCACUUUUGCGUCAGCUCGAAAUGUUGGAUGAUCGUUCUGUUCGUUUUGAUCGAAAUGAUUCUCUUCAAAUAAUGGCUAAGCGUGCUUCUGAAUUAAUUCAAAAACAAUUCGUUCGCAACGAAAAAUCUUAUAACCUACGAGCCAAAACUAUAACCUAUAAUGAGGGACAAGAAGUUUAUAGACGUAACUUUAAGCAAAGUAACUUUGAGAAGAAUUAUAAUGCUAAACUUGCACCCAAUUUUGUCAAAGCUCGUGUAAGGAAGAAACUAGGAAACAGUUAUUAUGAACUGGAGGAUCUGCAAGGAAAUCUUCUUGGAAAUUACCACGCAAAGGAUAUUCGCCAGUGA